UUCUCCCGGCUGAUAGACGACCGAGAAGCGAUCGUACAACAAGUCCAAACCCCGGUGCGUGCUGGUGCGUGUUUCGGAGGGUUUUUCCCUUCUAUUAGGCAGAAAUGGACGGCCGGGAUUUCCAUUCCCUUGCCAGUCGGGGCGAAAGUAAGCUGCGGCGGAACUGCAGUGCCCGCCUGGUGGAAGUUCCACCGCUAUCAGCUGUUUUGAUGCAGUGUCGGAGAUUGCCGUGGCUGUUAUAUAAAAAUAGAACCUAUUGCAGGGAGGGUAGUCAGUCAAGCUACUAACAUCGUUCCAGCAAGUAGUUCGGUUUUUGCGGUAGCCAACGAAAGCGCACAGCCUUGGAAGCAUUUCUCCAGCGUACUUCCGAUAGUCCAGUUCGUUACAAUGAUGCAGCAGCGGCUCGCAUUACUUCUCACCGUCGGUGCACUGGUCGUCAGCGGUUACCCCACCGAUCUUGGCCAUCAUGGUGUUGGCAGUAGUAGCGGUAGUGCCGCCAGCAGCAACUCACAGUCGGCUUCCGGUUUUGGCGGCUUCCCAGCACUGCCCGGCUUCCCUGGGGCGUUCGGGCCAGGCCAAGUGUCUCAACCGCUUGUAGCUGGUCCGGUCGGCCACGGUGCCGGUGGAUGGAGCCCGGACGUGUUCGGUAAAGGGUUCCCCUCAUUCCCCACUCACGGUGGCGGUGCGUCCUCCAGCAGCAGCUCGUCCUUCUCGAGCUCGUUCUCUUCGAGCCACGACGGUAAGAUGACCGGUUCCCAGUCGCAGGCACAGUCCGGAAGCCACGGUUCGGGCCACGGUUCGAGUUCGGGUGCCUCGGCCGGCUCGCAGUCGUUCAGCAAGGGCGGUGGUCACGGGCACGGCCAUGGCAGUGAAAGUGGCAGCGCGGCCGGUGCGCAAUCGAUCUCGCACGAUCACCACGGGCACCAGGGUUCGUCGGCCGGCGCACAGUCGCAGUCCCACAGCCAGAACGUGCACGGGCAUGAUCACGGAAAGGAUCUGCACAGUGGCGCCGGCGCACAGUCGCACUCGGCUGGCCAUCACGGCGAACUGCAGGGACAUCUGCAAACGGGAAGCUCGGCCGGAGCACAGUCACAGUCGGCUGCGGCUGAGCAGCAGCACGGCCAUCUCCAGACGGGAAGUUCGGCUGGCGCACAGUCCGUCUCACAGGAUGUACAGCAUGGCCAUGGCGGUCACGGCCAUGGGCAGAGUGGUUCGUCCAGCUCGGCCGGCGCCCAGUCACAGUCUAGCCAUGUGAAGGAGCACGGACACCAGCACGGACCGGGCGGCCAUGUUUCGGGUUCGGGACAUCAUGGGCAGCAGUAUCACCAUGGAGGAAGCCAAGGAGGUGAGGGAUACGGAGUGCGCAUCAGUGCGGACGAGUCGAAGGACGGUACGGUGAAGAAAACGGAAAGUGAAGCGUGGGUAUGGAAGGACUAAGAGACUAAGAAGGUGUGUCCAACGAGCAUUGCGUAUUUAUGACCAUUAGCUUGGCUAAUGAAUGUAUAAUAAUAAACGAAACAAACCUCAACCAUA